AUGGACAAAGUAUUCAAUAAGCUGAGGAAUUUGGACGCAUACCCAAAAAUCAAUGAAGAUUUCUUUAGCCGUACACUGUCUGGUGGUGUUAUCACCCUCGUCUCCUCCAUCGUUAUGCUCUUGCUCUUCUUCUCCGAGCUCAGUAAUGUUCAGGUCCUACUGUCCAAACCAAACACAAGCCAGAAUCCAAAACCGCAGUUAACUUCUCUCAAAGAAAACCCAGUUCACAGGUCAAACAAUACUUUGUUCUCCGCCCGCCGGCUGUGUUCUGCAAGGGAUUCUACACAGUUCUAG